AUGCUUCCGCCGCACGAGAUUGUGGCGAGGGCUUCCGGGAAUGGGUCACCGAUGAUCCCCUUCUCGGUGUUGAAGGGAGCCGGGAGGACUCUCAAGGGGAGGGAUCUGCGCCGGGUUCGCAAUGUCGUGCUGCAGAAGACAGAACGCCCUAAUGCCCUACUCCCCGCCGCCGCCGCCACCACCUUACUAGCGGCACCCUGUGCGGCGGGGCGAGGGUGCUGCCCUCGCCUGCAGGCGGCACGCCCGCUGGCGGCGCUGCCGCUGCAAGUGGGUGCCCUCGCGGGCACCGCCACCUCCGCGGGCGGUUCUGCCGGCGGGGCAGCGCCCGCAGGCGGUGCUUCCCCUGUGGGCGUCACCGCCUCCGUGGGCGGUUCUGCUCGUGGGGCAACGCCCGCAGGCGGCGCUGUCCCACUUGGCGACCACCCCUGUGGGGGGGUUUCGCCCGCGGGAGCAGCAACGGCAGGCGCCGCUGCCUUGCGGCGCCUCACCCUACGGGAGAAGCGAUCGUAG